ACCCUUCUAAACUCAUUCUUCUCACACACUCACUCCCAUCUUCUUCUUCUUCCUUUAUUCCCUUUCCACAAUGAAUACACUUUCUUCUUCCAUUUUCUUCCUCUUCUCUCUCCUCAUACCUUCUCUCAUUUCAUCUUCACCCCUUCAAGACCCUCAUUCCGUCACUCAAGAAGUUAAUAGGAAAAUCAAUGGCUCAUUAGCUAGGAGGAACCUGGGGUACUUAUCAUGUGGAAGUGGAAACCCAAUUGAUGAUUGUUGGAGGUGUGACCCAAACUGGGAAAACAACAGACAGAGGCUAGCAGAUUGUGCAAUUGGCUUCGGCAAGAACGCUAUAGGUGGAAAGAACGGUAAAAUCUACGUCGUAACAGACUCCGGCAACGAUGAUCCGGUGACACCGAAGCCCGGUACGCUCCGUUACGCGGUGAUUCGAGAAGAACCGUUAUGGAUAAUAUUUGCAAGAGACAUGGUGAUUCAACUAAAAGAAGAACUGAUAAUGAAUUCUUUCAAGACAAUUGAUGGAAGAGGAGCGAGUGUUCACAUUGCUGGUGGUCCUUGUAUUACAAUCCAGUAUGUUACUAAUGUUAUCAUACAUGGUAUACAUAUUCAUGAUUGUAAACAAGGUGGGAAUGCUAUGGUGAGGGACUCCCCAGGGCAUUACGGGUGGAGAACUGUAUCGGACGGUGAUGGUGUGUCGAUUUUUGGCGGAAGUCAUGUUUGGGUGGAUCAUUGUUCUUUGUCUAACUGCAAUGAUGGUUUGAUUGAUGCUAUUCAUGGGUCUACUGCUAUUACUAUUUCUAACAAUUACAUGACACAUCAUGAUAAAGUUAUGCUUUUGGGUCAUAGUGAUAGUUUUACUCAAGACAAGAACAUGCAAGUUACUAUUGCUUUUAAUCACUUUGGUGAAGGCCUUGUUCAAAGAAUGCCAAGAUGUAGGCAUGGUUAUUUCCAUGUGGUGAACAAUGACUAUACUCAUUGGGAAAUGUAUGCUAUUGGUGGAAGUGCUAAUCCAACUAUCAAUUGUCAAGGGAACCGAUUCGUUGCUCCUGAUGACAGAUUCAGCAAGGAGGUGACAAAGCAUGAGGAUGCACCGGACGGCGAAUGGAAGGGAUGGAAUUGGAGAUCGGAUGGCGAUUUAAUGUUGAACGGUGCAUUUUUUACGCCAUCGGGUGCAGGAAGAGGAGCGGCUUCGAGCUAUGCAAGAGCUUCGAGUUUAAGUGCAAGACCAUCUUCGCUGGUGGGAUCAAUAACAACUGGUGCUGGUGUACUCAGCUGUAAAAAGGGCUCUCGUUGUUGAUUAUGACCCCUCGAGCAAACAAAUGUCUCUGCAGGCUGGUCAAUUUAUUAAUUACAAAACUCAAUUUAAGGGAAGGAAGUUGAAAAAAGAAUGACACCAAUAUAUAAAUGAAUUAAUUAUAGAAUGUACUAUGUUGUUCAUUUCUUUGGUUAGGGAAAUCUAUAUUUUGAUUCCUAUGUUACUACUUUCUUCCUCCAUUCUUUUUCUUUUUCAUUUAGUACAACCUCUCUAGCGGUUAAUCUCUUGGAAUCAAAUCUGAAAAUCUUGUCCAAGAGAAAGCAAGUGAAGAAGAGUUGAUAUGAAUCAUGAAUCAUGAUAUUGUAAAAUUGUAAUACUAUUAAUAUUACAUGUUUCUAUGUUGAUUUCUAA